UGCUUCCAAAAGAUCGAAUGCAGUAAGAAUACAUGUACUGUAAGUACUGUCAAGGAACUUAGUUCUGGUUGCCGUAAUUGAACUGACGCUAUUUUUGGAAGUGUCGGUAACCGGAUACCCAGGCUACUGUGUGUCCUAGGUUUUUCUAGGCGUCAGGUUAAAGACUACCACAAGAAUGGCAAAUUUGUUUAACUUUGCCUUCCUGCUGUUGAUGCUAUCUGCCGCGGAAUCACUAGACAAUGGUCUGGCACGUACACCACCAAUGGGCUGGAUGCAGUGGGAGAGGUUUAGAUGUGACACAAACUGCACAAAGGACCCAGACAACUGUAUCGGUGAGAAACUGUUCAAGCAGAUAGCAGAUGUGAUGGUUUCUGAUGGCUACAAAGCUGCUGGGUACCAGUAUGUUUCUAUUGACGACUGUUGGAUGGCACCAGAAAGGGGACCAGAUGGAAGACUUAGGCCAGAUCCUGAAAGAUUUCCAAAUGGCAUGAAAGCUUUAGCAGACUAUAUUCAUGCCAAGGGUUUAAAGCUGGGUAUAUAUGCUGCCAUGGGAACAGCGACAUGUAAGAAGUACCCAGGUAGCAAGUUUUACCUGCAGCUUGAUGCACAGACAUUUGCAGACUGGGAAGUUGAUAUGCUCAAACUAGAUUGUUGCUAUUCCGGUGACCUCGCUGAUAUUAAUGAAGGUUUUCAAGUGAUGACACUAUACCUGAACCUGACAGGACGACCUAUAGUCUAUGGUUGUAGCUGGCCAUUAUGUACUGAGCCAAAGCCAGAUUAUAAGGCAGCUGCAAAACACUGCAACAUGUGGAGAAACUACAAUGAUCUGAGGGACUCAUGGGACUAUGUAUAUGCAGCCAUUGAUUUCUAUGGAAACAACACAGAGCACUUUCAGGAGGUUGCAGGUCCUGGAGGCUGGAAUGAUCCAGAUGAGUUAGUUGUCGGUGAUUUUGGUCUCAGUUAUGAUCAGGAACGUGCACAUUUCGGGAUGUGGUGUAUGAUGGCCUCCCCUCUGUUUAUGUCGGUAGAUCUGCGCAAUAUCCGAAAGACAUCCAAAGAUCUGUUACUGAACAAGAAUCUCCUUAGGAUACACAGUGAUGAGCUAGGUGUACAAGCAUACAGAAUCUCUAAGGGAAAUGGUACAGAGGUGUGGCUUAGACCAUUAAGGAGCCAGUAUUUCCGUGCAGGAAGUUACGCCAUUGCAGUUCUACAAUACUACAACUAUGGUGGACCUCUCCCGUUUUCCUCAAGUCUGCAGAACCUUGGAAUGAACAAUAAAUCAGGAUAUAAAGUGACAGAAGCUUUUGACGGCAAAGAUAUGGGAAAACUCCUGCCCAAGGACCAGUUGAAUUUUAAUGUGGAUCCUACAGGAAUAUAUAUGGUUACAGCUGUCCCUCUUAGUUAAUUUGGUUUUCAACCAGUGUAACAGUCAGAUGUUCAUUGUGUCAGAUUUGAUUGUUCGACAGUAAAUGAAUGGAAAUACUUUUUGUUGAAAAUUUGUUGUGCUAUAGUAUGUAUUUUUAUUUAAAGCUGUAUACAUUUUAUCCAUACAUUUAUCCAUUUGUUAAACUUGAUUUUGUAAACACAUACCAUUUAUAAUGAUGGAAUUUAUUAUAAGUAGCUUAACUACCGGGACUUACCAAUACAAACAGUGAUUACUUGGGCUUCUUUUGAUAGGCCUUUUAGAGGGGUCUGUUUGGCUGCAUGGUUACCAGUAAGUUUGCUGGCUUAAAACCACUUACCCCUUACUGUUGUGGAUUCAGAAUCUCACUUUGGUUGUAGAGUUGUUUCAUGCGAGGAAACCUGCCUGCUGGUGUGUUGAAGAUCAGUGGUUUUGUCCAAGUGCCUGACUGUGUUAGAAAUAAUGUCAGAAUGUUUGAAAAGUCAUCAUAUGCCAUACAGCUGUGUCAUUAUGAUGUUAAAAUGAACAAAAACUCAAUAUAGAAACGAUUUACCUUUAUGGAUACAUAAUGUAAUAUUAAACAGAACUAAAUUUUAUGUAACCCUUUAUUACAUUUUGAGAUUUAUACUUUGCAUUUGUACUGUACAUACAUGUAGUAACAAUGUUUUAAGCAGCAGGUUGUAUGAUUUUUUUUGCAAUUAAUGUACUCCAAUGAUUUAUGAAUUUGAAAGAAUUCAGAAAAGGCUAGAGUUCAAAUGUUUAACCAUCAUGAACAGUAUGAUCGUAUUCAUUAAAUUAGUUUUCUAGUCCUUUUGAGGGCAGAUUCAGGAUUAAGGGUUUGAGGGGAGGGGGGCAGGGGCAGGCUGAAGUGCCUGGGUAAGAUGAUUGGAACAUUUAGUAGAUAUAUGUCAAAUACUGUCGUCUGAUUUAUAUUUUAGCAUAACUGUUUGGUUUCAUAUCUGUUUCAAUGUUGGUUUCGAAACCCUUCUUGCUGGUGUAUCAAUGGUCCAUUUAGCACCAAUAAGUUCACUAAAACAAUAAAGCUGGUUUCCUUUUGUUUUACCUAUAUUUUUUGUUUGGAUCACUUAAAGAUGUUUUUCACAAUUAUUUCUAGCGGACAGAUUUUUUUGUAACUUUGCAUAUUUAUAGACUGAUGUAUGACAAGUUAAAAUAAAAAAUAAGAAUGAUAGGUACCCGUGCUUCUUUUUUCAAUAUUUAAAGUUUAUUAAGAACACCAAAUCGGUAUUUUUGUCUGAAGAAACAAUACAUACAUGUCAUAAUAAAACUACUGCAAACAACUAUUUAUUUAAAGUUUCACUCUGAUGUUACUGUUUAUGCAUCGCAAUUAAUGAAACCACUAUAACUAUGCAUAAAAUGUCAACAUAUAGAUAUAUUAACUCAGAAAAAUUACUCUUGACAGAUGUCGAAAGUAUCUGAAACUGAGAAAAACACGAAGUAUUUCUUAAUGAUAUGAAAAAUCUAGCGGACG